CUCACGGCGAGCUGCCUGGCAACAUGAGAGAGAGAGCAGGAAGGUCUGCAGCCGUUAAGUGAAGAACCUGCUCACUCUGGACUCCAAAACUACCAGAAACCACUCCCAGCCGUACAAUGGAGGAUGCAGAGACAGGUUCCCAGCUACAUCCAGUCUCAGUCCCUGAGGUGGGAGAAGAUGCAGUGACGUCUGUCAGCCCCUCUCCUCCUCCCCCAGGCAUGACAGAAGAGGAGCAGCAGGAGCUACAAGAAGAGUUGGCCAAGGUUGAAGAUGAGAUCCAGACUCUGUCCCAGGUGCUGGCAGCUAAGGAGAAGCAGCUGGCGGACAUUAAGAGGCAGCUGGGCAUCACACCUCUCAACGAGCUGAAACAGAACUUCACCAAAACCUGGCAGGAUGUCACCACCUCCAUCGUCUAUAAGAGGACCUCUGAAACUCUGUCCCAGGCGGGUCUGAAGGCCACGGCGGCGUUCUCCAACAUGGGCUCAGCCAUCACCCGGAAGCUGGAGGAUGUCAGUAUGCGCUCAUUGCAACACUCGGCUAGUAUGCCUGUCAUGAGGAAUGCAGCACCAACCUUAAAGUCCUUUGAGGAGAAAGUGGAGACUUUGAAGGCUACGAUCAGUCCCCCAGCCUCCUCCAGUAGCCAAGGCGAACAGGCGGGCCCCUCCAAUGAGACUUUGUCCGGUGUGCCUGAAGGCUCGCCCCCCCAGGAGACUCCAAUGAACUGAGACCUGCCUGACCUCCCAGCCGCCCCUCCUCACUUGACCCCAUCACCCCUGGACCGCCAACACUCGCCCCCUAAACCCUUUGUGUGCCAGUCUCCCUUUUAUUGGAAACAAGUGACUUACCACAGCCUGUGAUCUAAUUGUCUGGUCUCUUUGUUUGACACGUGCGCUCUCUUGUUAUCUUGUGUGGAAACUGAAAGCAUGGGAUGGGUGCAGGCAUGGGUUCUCGUGUCGACCAGACGUAUUUGAGUCUACUCUGGCUCGCUGUGGGAGAAAUACUCCCUGCUGUAGGACCUCUCCUUUUCUCCCUAUUUAUCUGCCUUUGUCUUACCAGCAACACUCAGAUGCCAAACAUGUUUGUUUUUCUUUGUCAAAUUAACACUGUUUAACAUGUUUUUGAGUGUAACAAAACAAAACAAAUAUAGAAAUAUUACAACAUUGACAAGAGAAAGAUUUAUACCAAAAAAUACAUUAUUAUAAGCACUUGUUUUGUCUAACUCCAUUUUGUGGCUGUUUUUGGUUUACCAUGGGUUACCAUUUUGGGGCCUAGAUCAUUUCCGUUUUCUUUGUUAAAAUUAGGACAACGCACAGUCCUAAAUUAGUCUAACACUAGUGUCAUAUAGGUACCUUUUGUAUACUUUACCCCACAGUACUGAGCCAACAAUACUGUGUGUCACAACUGCAGCCACCAACUACAAAGCUGGUAUUUCAAAACACACUUCAGAAUAAAAACCUUUCCUUUUUCCAUUGUUAAGAGUCAGUCAGAAAAUGGGCUCCACGCUCAUAUAGUUACAGGAAAACAGCAGCAGAGCAAACACAGUCGAGGUUCAGCCUUGACCCAAGGUGAGAGUGAAAUAAAUGUGUCUCUUUCAGAGCCAGAGUCAAUAUUUAAACACUAGUCCAUUGUUUCUGCCUGGGAGGCAACACCUAGUCUCUCCCCUUUCUGUCGAUAAGCAAGGCAGAGACUCCCGUGGCAGUUUUAGUGUUUACUUUUAUAGAAGUAUUGAACUAAAUUUCCCUUAGUGUUCAAGUUUGACAUUGUUAUUUUAGCCAUGGUAGCAGAAUGGCUCUAUAAAUGGUAGCAGGCUGUUUGGUUAGUCCAACACUGAAAUAUCUUAAUGAUUGGAGGAAUGUCAUAAAAUCUUUUACUAAGUCAUUCAUUCCCUUUUGGGGAUCCCUUAACUUUUAGUUCUUGCACCAUCACUAUGUCUUAAUUUCUCCAAUCCUUUGGUUCAUUAAAACUAUACAGGAUUAAAAACAGUAUUAAAAAAAAAAAAGCUGCUUUCAAACAGACCAAAACACCUUUUCUAAGUGUUUCAAUAUGGUUAUAUCAGCAGUAGCCUUAAUCACAUAACACUUUUCUUGAGUUGGCUUUAAAUCUCAUGCUGCUUUAGAUGAUUAAAUAUUAUAAUCUAUUUCACUAAAUAGUUACACUCAAAAUAGUUUUUUAAUAUGCACAAGGCUUUUGAUGAAGGUAAGCCAAGGUUUCCUCUGAUAUACAGAUUGAGGACACAAACAUUUCUAACACUUCUCCUGUUACGAUGGGCAGGACCAGCCUGGUACAAAUCUUCCCCUGCUGGUGUUCAAUCGCAAAACAUGAAUGUGAAUCAACUCUCCCAUUUAAUCAUUAGUGUAGCAGUUGGCAUAAGAAACUAGAUCAGUGUCCCAGGAAAACGCCAAAUACGGGCUUUCUGCUGUUAAGAUCUUGUUUUCGCCAACCAUCACAAAAAUGUGUUUGCUAUUCUGAGUUGACAGUCAUGGAUUUUUAACAGUACAGUAUCUCCUAUCCUCAUGUAACAUCACGUUCUAGCCAUGACCUGGUUCCCUGAGAGAUUUAGUUACAGCCUUGUAUCUUAGGCAUGAGGGUUUUAUUUGCAUUUAGUCAUGCAAACAGUGACACACACGAUUUGUUUGUUCUUUAAUUGGAACCAUGGAGUGAAAACAUGCACUCUAAUUAAAAAAUACCUCUGAAGAAA